UCUGCCAGUGGCCCGAGUGGUGGCGACGGCGACUGCGACUCGUAACGUUCAGAACGAAUUUGCAUAGGCUGAGAAUCGGACGUGUGGCCCGUCGAUCUUGAUGCGAAUACACCGCAGCGGUACGACAAAUACUCAUAUGUAUUAUAUUUUGUUCAGUUCGGUUCAUUCCCGCCUCCUGUCGGCUGUGUGUGAAAUCUGUAACUUUAAUUUAUGAGAUGUGGAACCGUUGGAUGGCUGCAGAUAAAUUAUUCCCAAGAAUACCAGGCAUUUUUUAGUAAAGAGAAUACAAAUAUCAUCCAAAUUUUAAAGUCAUUUAUCAGAUGAAAGAAGGCAGGGGAAAAUGCUGUGCAAUAAUUUGAAGUGGAUAUGUGGAAAUACAACCAACAGAAAUCUAUCGUCUCCGAUUGCUGCGCUGCGACUGCCACCACAACGACGCAUCGACUAAGCCAAAAUAAAACGCCAGUAAAAUCCAACUAAUUAAUGUGAUAAUUGUGCAAAAUAAGGCGAGCAAAAAGCAACAUUAGUCACGUCACGAUGUGGAACCAAGUGGAAUGCAAUGGAUCUGCUGGGGAGAACUGCCUGUGCCACAGAUUGCGGGGCGCGACUGAGAGAUCUCACCAUAGCGGAACAACAGCCCCGAGGGUCAGCCUGCCUUAUCAGUCGAGCUCCACAUUCCUGCUGCUAUUGCUGCUGGCCAUACUCUCCCUGAGCUGCACGCUGGCGGCGCCACAAACCUCCUGCAUCAUGUGCGACAAGGAGGAUCUGCGGCCCCGCGUGCCGCCAUACAGCGACAGCUACGAGGAGUUCACAUUCGACCAUCAGGUGUCCCAGCACGAUGCCAUGGAGGCGCUGCGAAAGUUCAAUGAGACACAUGGUCUCAGGAAUGCCUGCAAUACGGUCAAGUGUGAUUCAAAUGUCUUAAAAUAUUGCCUGGGAAAUCAGUUUAUCAACGAUCAUUGUUGGUGCGAGCUGCAGCACAGAGAAGAGGGUCUGCCCUUUGUGCCUCACAUAUGCUAUGCCGAUGAAAAGGUUCAUAGACCGUCCAUUGGUUCCUGUUUCCUCUUCGACGAAGUCAAAGAAUGCUGCUGUGCACCUGCCUGGGCCAAGAAGUGGCGACACAUUUCGGGGAGUUCACGCAGCCAAAACACACCGAAAAUACUAAUAACUUUGCUGUUUGUAUUCCGUUUACUCCACUGGAUAAGCCGGAGAGGGCUAACUUGUUAAAGCUGGGAGGAGAGACAUCGUUAGGGGAUGGAUGGAUGGCGUGUGUACAAUUUGUAAAAGAUAGUCAUAGUGAUGUAGGAUCUAGAUGUAACACCAUAUUCGAAUAAGUGUACUUAGUUCAAACAAUGUCCAAUGGAAAUCAAACCUACUUGCUAAGCAUACAUAUAUUUAAGCGUUAAUAAAUACAUUUUUAUAGAGCUAACCGGCUGUAGUUA